AUGUCUUCAGGUUUAUUGUCUCAAAAGAAGGACCAUUUUAUUCCAGUUCUCCUGAAUGAAUGUAGUAUUGAUUCUCCAUCCUUCCGAGCAAGCAUUCAUUUCUUGGGCAACCAACUUCGAGCUUAUAGCCAAUGGUCUGAGGAGUUUUUGUCCUUGUGUCACAAAUAUACACAGGCAAUUGAGUCGAUUGAGCCCAUCGUUGCGACCAUUUCGUUUCAGUCAAUGCCUUCCGUCAUUUCUUGCGGAUUUUUUGACCCUGAUUAUGCAACCACAGCCCUCUUAAAUGGUCAAGAAAUGUUUCGCUCUACCUUUCUAAUCCAGAUGGAACAAGCAAGGAAUAUACACAAGUACGUUAUCAACCCUAUGGAAUUGUUUCAUGAUUCGAAAUUGCGUCCUUUGCUUCAACUAGAUGAGCGUUAUCGCACUGAACAAGAGCAUUAUGAUUCUGAGAUUUUGAGGUACUCUUCUUCGGGUCAAGUGAAGGAUCUCGCUCAAAUGCGUGAAGAAGCGAAAGCUCUCUGUGAUGCUCGCAGUACCUAUUUUACUAUUGCUUUACAAUACGUUGUACAAGUUGGCUCUUUCCAUUUUUAUUUGGAUAAUGUAGCUUUAGAAAGUAUUAGCCGAUUCUCCAUCGAAACUUUUCGACUUAGCAGUCGACUUCACGAAUCCAACGCAAGUACCCACGAUCAGAUCGUACGUCUCUUGGCUUAUGGAACCAAGAUCAAUGAAUCCUACCCCGCAUUCAAGAAAAUUAUAUCGAAUGUAUAUAAUCGGGUGGAAAGAGAAAUAUUAAAACGUAUUCAACCGCCUUCAAAUCUUGACAGUUAUCGUAGCGACACUCACAGAACGCUCAAUACAACGGCUAAGAGGCGACAAGGAUGGCUCCUUCGAAAUGUUAGUUCUAAUAAGCCAGACAAUAAAGCAGUUUGGAAGAAAUUUUGGUUUUUUAUUGACAAUGGCUACUUUGGAUAUCUCACCGAUGAUGCCAAUGGUGGUGUAUUUGAAAGUGAGCGAAUUGGUGUCUUGCUUUGUAAGUUUAGCCCGUUGCCCAACAGCCAUCGAAGAUUUUGCUUUCAAAUAAAAACAAAAUCUUCCUUGUAUAUUUUGCAAGCAGAGACUCAGUUGGAUGUGGUAGAGUGGGGAAACGUUUUUCAUAAUGCACGUACACACUGCCUAAAUGGCAAAAUUUCUGCGGAUUUAGUUUUAUCUCCCACACUCCCUUCCUUCUCAGCAAAAUCCCUCGCUCAUGUCGUCGACCGUCGUCGUAACCAGUCUAACCUAAAAAACGCUAAAUCCUCAAGGGCCCAUUCUGAAAGGCUUCUUUGUGGACAUAGUAAUUACGAGGUUUCCACCAUUAUGCAUUCAAAAAGUUUGCAUCGUGUGCCUUCCCCACAAAAAAUACUUCGCAAUACAGCCUCCCAUAAUCAGUCAGACCUCCUUGCACCUUGGAGUAUAGUAGCAGCUCCCAUAAUAACAAAUCUUACUUCUGACACAAUCACUAGUUUCUUGGAUCAUGAAGGAUAUUUUUCGGGUAACUCGCCAUCUGCUCUUAUGGCUAACUUUUGGGGAUCAGUGAACUAUGGCCACGUUUUAGAACAACAUAACUGGCUUUUGAAUUCAGAGUUUGGUCGUACUUACGAAAAAAUUUCAAGGGAGGUAAACUUGGAAUCCUUCCCGGCUGAGCUGAAAUUAAGAAAUGCAGAGUUUAAGGGGAUUUUUGGCGAGUUGGCAACUUCCGCAGUUCUGUUUGUUAGUCGCGUUGUAAGUAAGCGUGAAGGCCAGAUUAGGAUGCCUGGAAGAAUGUACUGCACUAUGCGAGGCGUGUUCAUUUACUAUAAAAUAAGUGGGCUAGUGCUUAUUGAACAUUUUCCAAUCUCAAAGAUUUCAAACGUGAAGUAUUUUACAAGCAGCAAAUGCGAUUACUUUUAUAUGAGCGUAGCGAAAUAUGGAACUCUCAGAUUUCGAUUAUACCUUGAUUCUUCGAAAAUAUUGCAUGAUCGUUUAAAUAUUCUAAUUUAUAAUUACGUUGCUGAUGAUCCCAUGAAUAGCGUUCAGCUACUGUCUCGAAUUCGUGAAGUCCAGAAAGAGUAUGCAUUGGUGAAACCGAACGUUGAUCAAUCUGUCAUACCAGACUUCGACGCAAUUUCUCGCCCCCAAACCCACGUUCGUGGAAGAAGUAAAACGCUUUCAGCACCAUCAGAAACCGUUUAUAAAGAAGAUGACCAUGUAACUGAGCAAAUGAGAAGACUCAAUAUUGCCAGGCUUCCGAAGGAAACUGUUCAAGUAGCCCGAUCUGAUCAUAUGGAUGAUAUAAUUCUUGACAACGUAUACGAUGUUUCUUCUAAAGCUCUGUUUCAUAUUGUAUUCGGUGAUAAAAGCAAUUUCUUACUCAGGCUUUAUAAGCUUCAUGGUAUUGAAGACAUUGAACUUCUUCCAUGGAUAGAGGAUGAAGAUACGGGGAAAAAUUAUCGCUACAUCAAUUAUAAACUUCAUUAUCGUGAUUCAAAGGGAGUGUUUCAUUCUCAGCAUUACCAGGAUCGUCAAUCUCAAGAUAAGCGUAAUGAGUACAAUUUAUAUAUAUUAUCAUGGUACCAUCACCCUUGGGCUAUUCCCUACAAGGACUCUUUCAGAUUGGUACUCAAAACGUCAAUAUCUCACUUAAAGAAAAAUAAAAGCCGCCUUCUUCUUUCGAUUGGCAUUGAAUGGAUAAACAAACCUUUCGGUGUCUCUAAAGUUUUAGAAGCAGUAGCUCGAGAUGUUGCCCUUAAAUAUGUGGACCUAGAAGCUGUUUACCUCGAUAAGGCUGUAUUGACUGCCAAAAAGCUUCCUAUCUUGAGCAUCGUCAAUGAAUAUGGUAAGGUUGGUGAUUACUCUGAAUCUGUUGUUUUUCAAAGAAAACUUCCAUAUGUUUCGCAGCUGAGCAGCCCUUCUAUGUUAAACUUAAUACGUAGUCAUAUAUGGUUGUUCUUGGGUGGACUUGCUAUGGAUCUUGCUGUUUUACCAUGGGCUAUAUUGAGCAUUUUCUUGCGUUAUACUUUUUCACACUCUUUCGUAAUGGUUUUGUUGACUCUAUCACUAAUUUCUAACCUUUUAUUUGCAUACAAUUUUGGGGAAAACUUUUGGAAAGAAAGACAAGAUCAACAAUUUCUUAACCGGGUAUUCGAUGAUUUAAAACAAAUAAAAACGUCUGUUCAAUAUGUUCAUAUGAAAGAUGUAGAUGAUUUAUUGGUUGGUCUUCCUACUUUUAGGCAUCCAAAUCUAACUGAGAAUGGGGAAUGUAUACGAUCGUUUAUAAGCUAUCCCUCACGAGCUAAAAGCCGUUGGACGGAAAAAAGAAACUAUAUUGCAGAAAAAAGAAAAUAUGUUAUGAUGAAGCUAGCAUCCUUGAAUUAUUUUGAUUACCUUGUACACCAGGAUGCAAUAUAUGAACACGUCCAACACGAACUUAUGACAUGCCAAAAAGCUAAAGUCCUAGGGUUAUAUCCGUCACAGAUUGAAAAGUAUUGUUCAUCUUGCGAAUCAGAAUGGCAAAAUCGCACUUUGUUUUUUGGUGAAGAUAAUCUUGCUACAAGACUUCUCAGCUUAGAUACUCAAGUAUCUUCAAAAAAACCACCCGAAGAGUAA